AGAGCCAUAAAGGCACAAGCUCUUCUUCUGUGGUGACUGCAGACCUCCAGCCACCAUCUAAUCAUGAAUGAUACAGCUCCACAAGACAAGUCUUCCCUCAUGAAAGGAGCCAGAGACAUUGCUAAGGAGGCCAAACGACAAGCUAUUAAGAAGGUUAACAAAGUUGUGGACCAUGCCUCAGAUGAGUACUCCAGCAGUCGCACCUACCAGCGCUUCCAGGAUGAAGAUGAUGACUACUACAGCCAGCCGGAUGGAAACUACACUGGAGACCACGCCAAUGAUGAAGAGGGAUCCAGCGACGCCACUGAGGGUCACGAUGACGAGGAUGAGAUAUAUGAAGGGGAGUACCAGGGGAUCCCCUCGGAUGCAAAUGCCAGAGAUGAACCGGUGGCUCUGGGACAGCCGCUGGCAGAUGGCCUGAAGGACCGGAGAGAGCUGGAGAACGAGAGGCAGGCAGAUGAGGAGGAGCUGGCGCAGCAGUACGAGCUCAUCAUACAGGAGUGUGGACAUGGCAGGUUUCAGUGGCAGCUGUUCUUCACGCUGGGGCUGGCGCUCAUGUCUGAUGGUGUGGAGGUCUUCGUUGUGGGCUUCGUUCUCCCUAGUGCAGAGAUGGAUAUGUGUGUGCCUGACUCGCGCUCUGGAUGGCUAGGCAGCAUUGUGUAUCUGGGGAUGAUGGUAGGGGCCUUCUUCUGGGGCGGCAUGGCUGACAAGGUGGGCAGACGGCAGUGUCUGCUCAUUUGCAUGUCCAUGAAUGGCUUCUUCGCCUUCCUGUCCUCUUUUGUGCAGGGCUAUGGCUUCUUCCUGCUCUGUCGCAUGAUAGCUGGCUUCGGGAUUGGGGGAGCAGUGCCCAUCGUCUUCUCAUACUUUGCUGAGGUGUUGGCAAGAGAGAAGCGUGGAGAGCAUCUGAGCUGGCUCUGCAUGUUCUGGAUGAUUGGAGAGAUUUAUGCCUCCGCCAUGGCCUGGGCCGUCAUACCUCACUACGGCUGGAGUUUCAGUAUGGGCUCAGCUUAUCAGUUCCACAGCUGGAGGGUGUUUGUGGUGGUGUGCGCUCUCCCCUGUGUUUGUGCCGUGGUGGCCUUAACAUUCAUGCCGGAGAGCCCCAAGUUCUACUUGGAGGUGGGGAAGCACGACGAGGCCUGGAUGAUCCUCAAGCAGAUUCAUGACACAAACAUGCGAGCGCGUGGACAGCCCGAGAAAGUCUUCACCGUGAACAGAAUUAAGAUCCCAAAGCAAAUUGAUGAGUUUGUGGAGAUGCAGACUGAAUCUGGCAACCUCUUCUCGAAAGUGAUCUUUAGAAUAAAGACUGAGCUUCAUGGGAUUUGGUUGACUUUCUUGAAGUGUUUUGAUUAUCCAGUUAAAGACAGUACAGUGAAACUUGCUAUUGUGUGGCUCACACUGUCAUUUGGGUAUUAUGGUUUAUCUGUGUGGUUCCCUGACGUCAUCAAACAUCUUCAGGCCAAUGAAUAUGCCUCCAAAGUACAAAGGCAUAACAACGAGCGCAUUGAAGACUUCACCUUCAAUUUCACCCUUGAGAACCAGAUUCACACUAAUAGCUUAUUUAUCAACGACAGGUUCAUAAGUAUGAAAUUCAAGUCUGUCACUUUCAUCAAUUCCACAUUUCAGAGCUGCUUUUUUGAGGAUGUGACGUCAGUGGGAUCUUACUUUCGAAACUGCACAUUUAUUGAGGCUGUCUUUUAUAACACUGAUAUUGACGACUCCAAACUGAUAAACACAGACGUCAUAAACAGCACAUUUUACCACAACAAAACAGGCUGUCAAAUGACGUUUGAAGAUGAUUAUAGUGCAUACUGGGUCUACUUUGUCAAUUUCUUGGGAACGCUUGCUGUUCUGCCCGGCAACAUUAUAUCUGCACUUCUCAUGGACAAAAUUGGCCGCUUGUCUAUGUUAGGGUUUUCCAUGAUUCUGUCUGGUAUCAGCUGCUUCUUCCUGUGGUUUGGCACCAGUGAGUCGAUGAUGCUUGGGAUGCUGUGCUUGUACAAUGGGUUGAGUAUCUCUGCCUGGAACUCCCUGGAUGUUGUGACAGUAGAGCUGUACCCUACAGACAGAAGAGGAACUGGAUUUGGCUUCUGUAAUGCCUUGUGCAAGCUAGCCGCAGUGAUGGGAAAUCUGAUUUUUGGAUCUUUAGUGGGCAUCACCAAAGCCAUCCCCAUUCUUCUGGCCUCCUCAGUGCUCGUAGGUGGAGGUCUGGUGGGAUUGCGACUACCAGACACCAGGUCAAAUGUCCUCAUGUAACCCUUGUGUCAGAGGUCUGGAGAGAAACUUAAAAGGCUUGACUUAACCCUCAUUCCUCAAUAUUGUACAUUGUGUACUUGCGUUGUGUUCAUAACAAGAUACUUCUCAACUAGGCUCCAUCGAACAGUGGGUAAAUAUUUGAACAAUUUUUAGACUUUUCUUUGCAAUAAUAAAACUUUUGCGCCUUCAUACUGUACAGUUCAUUUAACCAAGACCCUCACGUUUCCUUGUGGCUUUUUAGAGGUUUGUAAUGGUCUAGGAAUGGAAGUGAACAUAAAUAAUAAUGUCCCCUUAUUAAGACUUGAGCAAAACAACCUAUUAAUGAGCCACCCAAACCUUCCGCAAAUAUGCAGAGAGGAUGAUCAGAUAUGCUGAAAGCUCAGCACAGCUGCAUCACAGCUGGCUGACUGAACCCAGAGAAUUACUGAAGAGAUGAGAGACUUCGACUGGUCUACUGGUAAACAACUCUUUAUUCAGUGAUUUGAUUCGUUUCAGAAUUUGACUAUACAUACUGAAAACAUCAUUGGAGAUCCAGAUAUGGUAUCAUGCAUUUCUAAUGUAAGAAUAAGGUUUUGUUAUUGAAUCAGUUGAGUAUUAUGUUUUUGGUUGAAAACCAUCAUUUUGUACAAUAUUGUUACUGUAUUUCUUUUUAUAUAAUCAAGCCUUUUGCAUAAUGUGCUCCAACCUCUGAUGAAAAAGGCCACAACUGUGCACUGUAGUCAUGCUCAAAGUACAUGUAUAAAGUUCC